GAUCAAGGCAGAGGACUUGAUGGAUGUCGGGGUAAUCAUGCUGUUUUACGGACUCUACUAUGGCGUCAUGGGCCGAGACUUUGCUGAAAUCUGCUCUGACUACAUGGCCUCUACAAUCGGGUACUACAACAAGGGAGGCAUGCCCAGCCGGAGUCUGAACGACGACAUCUGUGCCGUGUGCGGUCAGAGGAUCCUGGUGGACGUGGACGAGGAAGGAUUCAUAGAAGACACUUUCCAGCUCUCCUGUGGACACAUAUUCCACGAGUUCUGCAUCCGCGGCUGGUGCAUCGUGGGUAAGAAGCAAACGUGUCCGUACUGCAAUGAAAAGGUCGAUAUGAAGACGAUGAUGAACAACCCCUGGGAGAAGACACACGUCCUCUACGGGCAGCUGCUGGAUUGGCUCAGAUACCUUGUUGCCUGGCAACCCGUCAUCAUUGGUGUUGUUCACGGGAUCAACUUCACCCUGGGCCUGGAAUAGAGCCCUGAGGAACCUCACUGUAGCUGGAACGAGGUAGAAUCCUGAAAAGUGCCAUAAAUCCGUUGGCAGAGCGCCAAAGUGAACACUACCAGGACGUGAAGUCUCUGGUAUUCUCAUGUUGUAGCGUGCAGAGGACGCCAUGACGCCUGAAGUGCUGCUAACUGUUACACAUUCAGGCACAGAAUCAGUAUGUGAUCGUUUCUAAACAUCAAACACAGAUACAAAUACUUAAUGCUGACAUCAUGCCUGUUGUUUUUAUUUAGUCACUGCUUUACUUUAAAACUGUUUCAGCAGAAUGCCUUUUAAGUUUCUCUCCUUAGAGAGGUUUUCGAAAGUGUUUCUGAAAGACUUGAUCUGCAGAUCUCUUUUUUACAAAAAGGACGAUUCUAUCCAAACGUUACAGAACAAGUUUACAUUUUGUUUUUCUCAUGACAAGAGUCAUACGGAUGUCUCUAUCAGGUUUAAGAUUGUGAUUAGUCAGCAGAUUGUUGGAUUCCUGAUUUGUUUGGAUUUUAAAUUACACAUUUUCUGAAGCUUGAGACAAAUAGGAAAACAACUGUUUUCUCUGACAUGUAGCAGUAUGUUGUAGCAUGGAGGGGAACAUCAUCCGGGUAUCACUCAAACAGGAAGGAAACUCUCAAUGUGUUGCUUUUGUUUAAAGACUGCUGCUUUACUUCGUAUUUAUUAAAUACUUUAAAAACUC